CUAAGCGGUAGCCAGACCUCGGAGGAGGAGCCUCCCUCCCCUCCGCCCUGGGUCUCGGAUUGGGGGGGGGUCCCCAGGAUCUGCUGAGGCCGGGCUGCGACCCAGUGAGCUGCGUGUCUGUAGACGAGGCCCUUCCUCUUCCCGGCCGGCCUCCGUGGACGGGCCACAUGACGCUAAAGAGCGUCUCUCCAAUCCUGCGGUCUCGGGUUCUCGGGGAGCGCCGGGCAUGAACCCCGCUGGGGGACAGACCUCCCAGCAAGCCGGGCCCUGGGGGAGAAGGACCCGGAGACCGUCAGCACAGGUGAGAGCCCAGGGGUCCUCCGUGGGCGCAGGGGGCCCCCCAAGAUCCUCAGCCGGGGCAGUUGGCCCAAGCGCAGGGGAUGGGGGAGCCGGGGAUGCUCCCCCUCCCGGGGCUGGGGAUUUCCCAGGGAACAGCGGGUUAGAAAGGGACCAGCACCCCCGCGUCCUUGGGCUGUUUCAGGAGCGGGACGUGCGGCUGUCCAAGGCUCUGUCCUACGCCCUGCGCCACGGGGCCGUGAAGAUGGGGCUGCCCAUGGGCUCAGAUGGCUUUGUGCCCCUGGAUGCCCUCCUCCAGCUGCCCCAGUUCCGAGGCUUCUCCGAGGAGGACGUGUGCCGCGUGGUGGAAACCAAUGAGAAGCAGCGCUUUGCCCUGCGCCCAGGGGCCCCCGGGGCCUGCGCCUGCAUUCGAGCCAACCAGGGCCACUCGCUGCAGCAGCUGGCCGACCUGGAGCUGACACCCCUGAGGACCCCCCAAGACCUGCCCCCCGUCCUGGUCCAUGGGACAUACUGGCGCCACUGGCCCUCCAUCCGGCAGGAGGGUCUGUCCCGGUGUGGGAGGACCCACAUCCAUCUGUCCCCUGGCCUGCCCGGGGAGCCCCACGUCCUGAGUGGGAUGCGGCAGAACUGCGAGGUGGCCGUGUUCAUCGAUGGGCCCUCGGCCCUGGCUGAGGGAAUCCUGUUCUUCCGCUCGGCCAAUGGGGUGAUCCUGACUCCAGGGGACGCCAGGGGUUUCUUGCCCCCCAAGUACUUUAAGGAGGCCCUGCAGCUGGGCUCCCCAAGGAGGCCUCUUUCUCUGGCUGAAGAGGAGACAGAGGGUCAGAGUGGUCCCCAGGGUGCCUCAGCCAACAGCAGAAGGAAGAACAUUCGGAGUGUCCAACCAUGAAAUAUUUAU